AUGAGCAGCAAAACAACAUCAACAGCGCCGGCGCUCUAUGUCGACGAAGACUGCAACUUCUCAGUCAUCCGCAACCUCCCCAUCCCCGACCCCGUAGAUGGCGAGGUCCUGGUCAAGGUGCUCUACUCUGGCGUCAACCCCGCCGACGUCAAACACGCACCACACAUCGGCGUCCGCUCAGUCACCCUCGGCUACGACUUCUGCGGCCGCGUCGUACGGGCCACCGGCGAGAAUGCAUCGCACGGCGCGCAUCAGGAGUACCUGAGCUGUCCGGAAGACAUGCUCUUCAAGGUCCCAGAUAACCUGCCUCAGACGCACGCCGCAAGUCUCACGGUAGUGCUGACCACAGCCGCCGACGGGCUGUACAACAUCUUUGGAUACCCUCUUCCCGGGGAGAAGGCGAAGGAAGGUUUCAAGGCUGGUCCGCUGCUUAUUUGGGGCGCAUCCGCCAGCGUUGGAAUUUGCAUGCUGCAGUUAGCGCGGGAGAGUGGUGCGAGCCCCAUUUUCGUGACCGCGUCGCCUGGGCGGCAUGAGAUGCUCACGAAGAUGGGAGCGACGCGCUGCUUCGACUAUAACGCCCCAGACGUGAUUUCUCAGAUCAAGAAGGCGGCGGAGGAGGCUGGCGCGGGGCCAAUCCGCUACGCGGCCGAUUCACAGACGGAGGCUUGUGUUGAUGACAAUGCUGUUGUUCUGUCCGUCGUGGCGAAGCCGGGUGGAAGAAUCAAGAUGCCGCUGGCAUCGGCGAAUACGGAAAUUACACUACAGCUGGGCGGUGGUCCCCUUGUCACGAUCCCUCCACGGCUGGAGGAUUGGGGCAGAAUGUGGAAGGCGUUGAUGUGGUCUGUUGAGAAUUACGGCACCAAGUUCUCGAUUCCUGUCGUGGAUGUGUUCAAGGGGACUGCGGAGGAUGCGCUGGAAGAGGUGAGGAAGAUUGCUGACCAGGGCAAGUUUGAUGAACGGACGCCCCUCCUCAAAAUCAAAUCCGGCGCCGGGGCCGUGAAGCGGGUCGGUCGCGGCCUCUGGUCACCCGCAAACCGUAUCCUCUUCGCCGGCUUCCUCGUCUCCCUGACACUAGGCCUCACUCAAGUUCCCAUCAUCUACGUCUUCCGUGUAAUGGCAUGCGAGACCUUUUACAAGUCUCACGCGCCCUACGACGGCCCCGCCUCGGAAAUGUGCCACCGCCGUGAGAUUGACGCAAACACGGCCACCCAGGUCUCCAUCCUCGGCAUGACCACCUCCGUGUGCGGCAUCCUUAACCUCUUCAUCUGCGGCGACCUCAUCAAGCGCUGGGGUACCCGCUGGGCCCUUAUCAGCCAGACCGGCCUGCUCGGAAUCCGCGUCUCGUGCCAGGUCCUCGCCGUGUCGCAGGGCGCGCAAAAGGGAAUCGACAUGAUGCAGUACACGCAGCUUAUUGGCAUCUUUGGUGGGCCGAGAGGAUACAUGCUGGUUUUGAACACGGCAAUUGCGGAGGUUGUCGAAAGAAGAAAGCAUACCGGCGUCUUUGGCCGGCUUCAGGGUGCAGUCAUGAUCGGUACCGCCAUAGGCUACUUGCUCGGCGGUGUCUUGGGUGAUGUGUUCGGCAUCACCAGUCCCUUCAUCGUCGCCAUCGGCUGCUUUGCCUUUGCAACAACCUACGGGGCCAUCUUCUGGCCGGCACCCCCAGAAGAGACGGAAGAGACGGACGGCAAGACAACGCCGGGCGCUUCUGGCUUCCUGGCUCCUAUCAAGGUGCUCAUGCCGUCCAAGUACCGUCUCGAGUCCGGCAAGAUUGUCAAGAACUACGGCCUCGUCUUUCUGGCCCUGGGCAUCUUCUUCGGCGUGUUCGCUACGGGUUAUGCGCCCAUCCUCAUCCAGAUGUACGCCACCUCCCGCUUCAACUUUGGCACAACGGAGAACGGUAUCCUCAUGUCCGGUAACUCGUGGAUCCGCGGCAUCUUCUUGAUGUUCAUCUUUCCGGAAAUCAUCGACAGCGGACGCAGAUGGUUUGCCUCGUCGUCCCAUGCCGGAGCUCUUCAAAAGACGCUCACCCAGGAGGAGCGGAGCGUCAUCCCGACUCACCCCGAAGACAUGGACCCGGCACCCGGCCUGAUGAACGCUUCCGAGCCAACAAAGGCGCCGCCUGAAGAGGAGGAUGAGGAUAGCACCUUUGACCUGUUCUUCCUGAGGUGGAGCUUGGUGGUGGAUGGCAUCGUCACGUCCCUCGCGGCUUGGGCAACGGAGGGCUGGCAUGUCUAUGCCGCCGCUUUCCUGCUGCCAUUUGCAUCCGGAUCGGCUCCUGCGGCCAAGGGCGUCAUCACAGAAAUGUGCCCGCCGCAUAUGCGACAAGAUGCCCUCAGUGCCAUCACCCUAGUUGAGAGUGCAGCGACUCUCACGACGCAAGGUAUCUUUGGCUUUAUAUUUGCCACGCUGUCUGAGAUGGGCAAGCCGAAUCUCACCUUCUUUGUGAACGCCGCUCUCGCCGUUGUCGCCGUGGGCAUUCUUCUACUGGCUCAUUAUCCCCCGGUCAACAGUACGCGGGUCGAGGAUGAGGCGAACGAAGAAAAUGGUCAAUCAAAUUGA